GAGCCGCCCCCGGGAGACGUCCUGGCACUGCUGGAGGGGCUGAUGAGCCGCCGGGACGCGGGGCUGAAGGAGCAUCUCCGCGCUGACGUGACCAGCCACUUCCAGGGAGAGCUGGAUGCCCUCCGAGCCCACGUGCAGAGGGAUUUAGACCGGCGCCUGGGGAAGAUGGCACAAGCCUCUCAGGAGAUGGAGGCGCGCUUGCUGGAGCUGAACUCGGAGUGGCAGAGCUCGGCGCAGGAGGGCCUGCGAGGGAGCUUCCAGCGGGAGGUGGGCAAGCUGGAGCAGGAGGUGGCAGCGCUGAGGAGGGAGCUGACGGGCCUCAAGUCGGACCAGGAGGUGAUGGGGAAGCACGUGGAGGGGAUGCUGGAGCAGCUGAAGGCGGUGCGGGCUGACGUGGAAGCGCAGUUCCCGGCAUGGGUCAGCCGGUUCCUGUCGCAGCGGGACGGUGCCGCCAGCCUUGUCCUCCAGCGGGAAGAUUUGCAAGCAGAGCUCCAGGCCCUGGAGCGCAAGAUCCUGGCCAAAGUCGUGGAGGACCGGAGGCUGUCGGCGCGGGAUGCUCAGGCCGGCAUCGGAGUGGCCCUGCGGCAAGGGGGAACCACAGGGGUGACAGAGGAGCAAGUGCACCUCAUCGUGGGUCAAGCCCUGAAGCGCUACAGUGAGGACCGCGUGGGGAUGGUCGACUACGCCUUGGAGUCGGCGGGGGCCAGCGUCAUCAACACCCGCUGCUCGGAGACCUACGAGACGCGGACGGCGCUGCUGAGCUUGUUUGGCAUCCCCCUGUGGUACCACUCACAGUCCCCCCGUGUCAUCCUGCAGCCAGACGCCAACCCAGGGAACUGCUGGGCCUUGAAGGAGGAGGGAGAGGAGGAGGGCCUUCUUCUGGGGCAGUUCACCUACAACCACAACGGCGACCCCAUCCAAACGUUUUACUUGGAGGGUGAUGCUGUGGGCACGUACCACCCCUCAUCCCCGUUGCCCUGCUCCUCUCUGACGGUGUGCCUAGUGUAA